AUGGCACGCAUUCUCAUAACAUGCGAGCAAGCCAAGCGCCAAGCUGGCGAGCUUCUCGACCUGACUAAGCGCCUCAAUCGUGGCCAUACCACGAGCCCUCAAAUUGUGCAGGUAGGCGGCAAGGACGUGGGCGUGGUGAUCAUGCGUGUCAUCCAACAGCGUACCUACUCGAACUACUCCGUCCGCGUCGACAAGGAUCACCUCGACGACUUCAAGUACUUUCCCGUCGACGAUGCCGCCAAGGCCGAGCUGGAUCGCGUAGUCGACGGCAACAAGAAAGACGCGACCGCCGGCGGUACUGACAAUCGGCUCGUCAUCCCCCUGCCGCUAUUGCUCAGCGUGAGCAAACCGAAUCGUCAUACAGCAAAUACGCUGUCCGUUUCUAGAUUCAGCAUCUUUGUACUCGGGAGGCAACCUGGGUGCGACUGA